AUGACCCGAGCCGAGGCUCUUGGCGAAUCCGAGCUUCGAUCUCAGCUCAGAGCAUCCAGGACAGAAAUCGCUAUGGCCGUCCAUGACCCAUUCCCGCUGCUGUAUGGUUUGGCGGAUCACCAGAUCAUCUCUGACCGACUCCUUGAGGAAACUCUGUCGAGGAAGAAGAAAGAUGGAAUCCAUAAGGCGGUGUAUUCCCUCCUGACCUGGUUGCUGGAGCAGAACUCCUCCGUCCUUCAGGCCUUCUGGAACAUUCUGUCCAAAGAGUACAACCAGGAAAGUUACCCCAAACUGCAGAACCUCUUCGCUAAUUUACCUGAAGGUCUGAGUCUGGGGAUGAGACGUGUUAGAAGUCCUCCACUUGAGCUGCAGAAUCGCACACAGACCAGCAGGAAGAGGACAAUCGGUGACAAACAGCUGCCACUUCGUUCCCCGAGUUACGGCAAGAAAGCUCUUCACAUCCGCUCAGUAGGUAAAGGAAAGCCCCUGAGGAAGACUGACAGCGCAUCUCUGUCUCAGGUGUCCGUGAGCAAUGGCGUGCAGUCGGUGUCCACGUCUGUCCAACGCGCUGUCACUCUGUCUGCUGGAGAACCUCCUAUGGAGGAGAUACUCAUCCAACAAGUCAUUGAGAGUGGAGGAGCAAAAAAGUGCUUUAAGGUCGGAGGAGAGUUUUAUUCCUCUACGUUGGAGGAGACGGCGAGUGGUCACAUGACCCAGAUGGGACACAGUCACCAGCAGGGGGAGACACAGACCCGAGUGAUGGAUGUAGAGCGUAAUGAUGAUGAGUGUGCAGUGUGUGAUGGUGGUGAGCUGAUAUGCUGUGAUGGAUGUCCUCGGGCCUUUCAUCUUACCUGCCUGGUGCCUCCUCUCACCUCCAUCCCCAGUGGCUCGUGGCGCUGCAGGGUGUGUAGUGGCAGCAGAGCGAUGGCUGAGAAGACCUACCAUCAUGUUCCUCCUCCUUCACCUCCUCCCCCUCCUCUGACCGAAAGCAGCUCCAACUCCACAGUGGACUUCUCCUUCUUCUCCUCCACCUCACUCUCCACACUCACAAGCAGUACGAGCACACAGCCUGCAGCGUUCCAGACCCAAGACUCAGAGAUGGUGGGCAUCAGGAAGUGGUGUGGGAUUUGUCACCUGAGUCGAGGAGAGCUGGUGGUCUGUCCUGAGUGUCUGCAGAGCUUCCACACUCAGUGCAACUUCUCCAAUGGGAGAGCGAGGUGCAGGACGUGUUCACGCUCUUGGGUGUCAACAGAGACCGAGGCAGCAUCCAGAGCUGUGCAGGUGGUUCAGCGUUGUACAGAUCAGGGAUCUGCUCACUCCGAACAGCAGAAUCUGAACAAAGACGAGCUGGACUCAUAUGUAGGGGAGACUUCCAUCGAUGGGAUCCUGCAGUGGGCUUUUCAAAACAUUUCUCGACCGCUCUCUGAGUCUCAGGGGUACUUCCAGUGACUUCAUAAUACCACCUGUAAGACCUGAUGAUCUACAAAGCAGGACAUAUUAG